ACAGUAGCUUAGAAAAAAUAUCUCAAAAAUUAUUAACACUACAAUUAAGUAUUUAAGUUAUUGAAUAAUUGUAUUAUUUUGUUUCAUGACUAAUCCAAAAAUAUUUUAAAUGCCCCGUUGAUAGCUUUUUUCAAAAUAAAUUAGAAUCAUAGUUCUUCUAACAGUCAUUACAGCAGGAAUAUAUUAGAGAAAGUUGUUAUAGAGUAAAGCUAAGAUAAAAUUUUAUCGUUUAAAGCAAUUUAAUAAAAGUAUUUUUUAAUUAAAAUAAGGGAUUUCAUAGUAAUAGUCCUGCAAUAUUACAAAUAAAUUUCCUAAAUGUUUUUCCAAUAUUAAAAUAUAAUAUUAUCAAUUUCUAAUUCUUAUCAUUGUCAUUCUCUUUGUAAUAUCUGAUGUAAAUACUUACAGUUUUUAUUGAAUUAACAAGCAAAAUUAGCAAGCAGCAGUAAUUUUGUAUAAGUAUUCUUAUCGCUUAAUAUUUAUAACAUUAAUAAUAAUUUGUUUUAAGGCAGUGAUUAAGUUAUCAUUGUUUACAUCAAAAAUAUGAAGAUAGUAACUUACGUAAAUUGAAGAUUUAGAAUUUCUCAAGCUUUAAAUUUUCUCGCAAAGGUACUUAUGCUUUUAUUUUCAGGUUUCUAUCUAAUUAAUGGAAAUCAGUAAACAUGAAUUAUGACGUAGUUAUCUUACAAGUUCAGAUAAAUAAAAAACUCCAAUUAUAUGAUUUGUAAAGAACACAUUUUAAAACCUUUUGAAAAACGUAAUUUUAAAGUAAACAGCACGUAUAUGUUAAAAUAAAUAACUGUUAGUGUGAAAAAUUAUUGAACAGGUUUUAGUUCAUUAAAAAAGCAUUAGUUGUAAUUUUUAAUACUUAUUUGUCAUGUCAUAUAUUUUAUUAUUAUGCCAUAUCUCAUUUUACUGAUAAUUUUUCUAUGGCACUUGUUUUAAUUCAAUAGAAAGGAAUUCUUGGGAAAAUGUUAGUUUAUUUUUUGAUUUAGUAUGAAUAAAAUUACGUCUUAAUAUAGCAGAUUCUAACUUAUCUUGUCACUCAAGAAGAAAGUAAGAUUUGCAAUAUAAUUUUCCUAUUCAGUGAUACGUAAGAGUACAAAAAUAUUUUUUCAGAAAAUACCCUCGGCAAAUAUAAUUUUAUGGAAAUAAAGGUUUUAAGAUAUGACGUAACCAAAUGCGCUUUUCUGCAUAAUUUUCUCGUAACUCCCUGCUACCAGUUUUGAAUUUUAUACAGCUUUUUACAUUACGUACUCGUUUCAAGUUUUAUGACAUAGCAAUUCUAAGAACUCUAUACUUAAUGUAGACUUAUACAGAAAACUUAUUUAUGAGAAUUUUCCUCAACUCGACUAUCAUUUGCUUUUAGAGUUUUUAAAGAAACCUUUUUCUCUUUCGCAUUGAGUUAAUUGUCAUGGUCACAGUUAAACAUUUCUUGAUAAAAAAAUAUUAUCGAGUAGCGCUACAUACGUACCUAACAUACGUAUUACUCAGAAAACAUUUUCAUGGCAUUCUUCAGAUGUAGUCAUUCGUAGUUAACCUAAAUUAUACUAGGCUAGAGAUGAUAUUUUUACUUUUCUAUAUAUCAGCAUAAUACAUCAUGUUAUAAUAUGUUAGUAUAUAAAUGAAAAAUAGGAUUUCGGAAAUUUUUCUGUAAUAGAAUAUAUUUAUGGAAUUCUAGCUAGCAAAAUACUUAUGCCGUUUUAUCAUUCCAUUAAAGUACUAUAUUUUCCAUGAUAUAUUUUCUAAUCUCAAAAAACGUUUAGAAAGAAUGUUAGAAUCUUUAGAUUUGACUACUUUUCAGAUUUUCUAAAAUGGACAGAUUGGUUUAACAAGCUUCUUCGCCAAUUUACCAUAUUGGCUUUUUAAGUACAAAUGUCUUAAUUGCACGAUAUUAUCUAAAUUACCUCUGAAACUACGCUAUACGUUAAAAGGCAAUUUUAUUUAAAAACAUUUUGCUACAUACCUGAUGUAUAUAUUCAAUAUAUUCAGAAGUUAAGCAUAUUAGAAAGAAAUUAUUUCCAUAAAAAGAAUUAAAUGUCAAUAUAAGAAAAUUAUCUUCAAAUUAAGAUAUGAACUGAAACCUCGAUGUAGACAGUGAAUCAUGAAUGAUCUCUUAAAAAAAUGGACCAAAAAGGUUAUUAAAAAUUUAUUCCCGUUAAAAGGUUUAGUUCGAAAUACGAUAAUUUUUCUUCUAUUAACAUGAAUAACAACUUGAUAUUGAAACUUUUGUUAUUUGUGAGCUUAAACAUUCCUAACACAGCAUUGGUGCAUAUAUUUGGUGCCCUGGAAUAUCAUAUAUACAAGAAAUAUUUUCAACGAAAUGCAUGAUGCUUCAACCUCAAAACUUUGCAUUUCACGACAUACCUUGUCGAAUGCGAAAGCAAAUGUCUUAUCUAAGUUUUCCAUUUGUGGAAUGCGACUACUACUUUAAAUGUGAAUGUUCCAGUUUAACCGUAUAUACAAUGAAAUUAUGUAUUACCAUUCAAUGGGAAGAUAUAUCAUCCAUCCCUUGAAGAAGCCAUUUACUGCCAUCAGAAGCUAUGAAUCACUCUGGAAUAUGGCGACUCUGGCAUUCUCGAUGGCACUGUGAUAACAACUCGAUGGGGGUUCAACAAGUUGCAACCAAUUCCGAUGAUCAAGACUUUUGCACCCAGGAGGAUCAUUGGUUGCCAAACAGCAGGCACAGUAUGGAACUAAAUGAUAUGGAAAGGGGACCAAGGAGAAUAUUCAAACAUCUCCACAACCGGAAAGGUCCUCCUGGAAGGCUGGAUUUACCACGAUUGAGCUUACUGGGGAAGCCCAUCAACUACAGGCCUCCCAGACACAGAGACCCCAGAUAUCGGAAAGCCCAACUUGCUGUGCAUAAUGUACUUGACAGACCCCGAGGUAUAAUUGCUGUGAUUUAUCAUGCAUUAAUGUUUUGCAUGGUAUUUUUCUGUUUGGUGCUAAGUGUAUUUUCUACUAUAGCGGAAUUUGAAGAACUUGCUAGUUCUAUUUUGCUUAGAAUGGAGAUAGUGAUGGUGGUCUGGUUCACAUUCGAAUUCUUCCUCCGUCUGUGGUCGGCAGGCUGCAGAUCCAGGUACCAGGGAUGGUUGGGCCGUCUCAGGUUCCUCAGGAGUCCAUUCUGUGUUAUAGAUGUGAUUGUUAUUGUGGCGUCCGUCGUAGUUCUGUCUGUGGGAAGCAGUGGUCAGAUGUUCGCAGCCUCUGCUCUAAGGGGUCUGCGCUUCUUCCAGAUCUUGCGCAUGGUGCGUAUGGAUCGGAGGGGUGGAACUUGGAAACUGCUUGGCUCCGUCGUUUAUGCGCACAGACAGGAACUAAUUACUACUUUGUACAUUGGUUUCCUCGGCCUCAUUUUCUCUUCGUUUCUCGUCUUCUUAGCUGAAAAAGAAUCGAAUUCAGAACAUUUCAGCAAUUUUGCUGAUGCCUUGUGGUGGGGUGUG